AUGUGCAAUAAAAACGCUUCUGUAUGUGUUAAUUACAACAAUGUCAUUGAAAUCAUCGCAUGCAAAGAACAACAUACAUAUGACGUGGAAAACAAGAAGUGUGUCAACGACAUUUCUUGUUCAAAAUAUUCAAACGACUUCUGUUCAAAAUGUGUUGAUGAUAAUAUGGAAAUGCACGAUGGUAAGUGUGUAACUUGUUCUGUUCCAAAUUGUAAAUAUUGUGAGGGUGGCAAAUGUAAAAAGUGUACAGAGAAUUAUGUGAUACAAACAAAUGGAUUUUGUGUUGAAAAGAGUGAAGUGAGUUGUGUCAAUAGUGAUGGUCUGCGUUGUUUACAGUGCACUGAAAAUUUCUAUUCAAUUGACUCAAUUAACAAAGAAGGGAACUAUCACUUCUGUUUGCCACUUUCUUUGGCGCAAAUAGAAGACUGUAAAUAUUCGAUUAUAUCUAAAUCGAAGUGUAUUGAGUGUUUGGACUCGUUCAAAUUGAAGAAUGGGAAUUGUUCUGAACAAUUUGAUGAAAAUGAACAAGAAACCAAUUCAACUAACAUCAAACAAGACUUGAAAGGUGCAGAGGUAUCAUGUUUCAUAAGAAACAAUAAAGGGUGUGAAAGAUGCAACAAAGGGUAUUACUAUAACAACUGUGAUGGUGAGUGUCUUCUUUGUUCGACAAAUUGCAAAGAAUGUUACAACACAACUUACUGUACUUCAUGCCAACCUGGGUAUUACCUUUCCUCUACUUUUACAUGUGAACCACUUGGCGACCUGUUUACAAAAUGUGACUUAACACUUCCAACAGGUGGUGGAUGUGCUAUUUGCAAAGACCACUAUUACAAACAAAAAACUGAUUGUAUUUCUUGUGAUGAAUCAUGUGGUACAUGUGUAGAGGGUGAUUCAUGUUUAACAUGCAAAGAGGAAUACUACAAACUCUCUGGUAGAGAAAAUAAAUUGUGUGUAUCAUACGACAAUUUGACUAAUUGUGAUACAAAAACGCCAAUUGGAUGCGUAAAGUGUAAUUCUGGUUAUUACUUAGAGAAUUACCAAUGCAAGAAUUGUUCAGAAAACUGCAUUUCGUGUGACAACGCACUAAGUUGCAAAGUGUGUGUAGAAAAGGAUUAUGUUUUAUUCAAUUCAAAGUGUUUGUAUUUCAAGGAAAUUGAUUAUUGUAAAUCUGCUAACAACUCGAAAUGUAUUGAAUGUGAAGGGUAUCACAAACCAAGUGACAUAGGUGAUAACUGUAACAAAGUGACUAAUUAUGGUUUAGUCGUUGGACUACCGAUUUCAGUCACAUUAGUAGUUAUCAUUUUAAUUGUUGUGAUAAUAAUAGUUGUAAUUCUUUGGUUGCAAAAUCAAAAACAAAAGAAAAAAGAGCAAAAUAUUUGCAACUUCAAGAUGAGUCGGUCUAACAUUGAAAUGAUGAAAAUAAGUUCAAAUCUCGUAUCAAACAAGAAAAAAUUGGCUUUUGAUCUUGAUAACAAUGAUCCACUCAAAGUUGAUAAAGAAACAAGGGAUUUGAUUUGCAUUGGAAACGAUUCCAAAAACAACUUGAAGGUACAAUUUAGUGUGAUGGAAGGGUGUGAUUUUUAUGAAAUACAAACAGUACCUUCACUCGUGUCUCUCAAGCCUGGAUAUGCUUGCGAGUUUGAAAUAUUUAUCAAGCCGUUGUGUACUUGUUCUACCAAGGAAGAUGUGAUGAUUACUUCAUUAAAUCUUACAACAGGAAUUAUGGAAAACACAAAAAUACACAUAGAAUUAGAGACUGAACAAACAACUAAAUUGAAUUAUAGAGAACUUGAAGAAGAUGAGAAACUUGGUGAAGGUUCCUUUGGAAUUGUCUAUAAAGGAAAAUACAGAGGAAAUGUAGUUGCUAUAAAAAAGAUGAAACAGUUUGAUAGCAAUGAAAGCGGACUUGAUGAAUUUACAAAAGAAUCUUUAUUCCGAAAAAAGAUAUCUAUGGUCACCGAAUUGGCUUUAUAUGGAUCACUCCAAGAUUUGAUAAAACACAAAAAAAGUGACGAAAUUGAUAUGAAGUUAAAGUUGAAAUUCUUACUUGAUGGUGCAAAAGGUGUUUCAUAUUUACAUGAAAAUGGAAUAUUACACAGAGACAUAAAACCGGACAAUUUGCUUGUAAUGUCUUUGGAUAUCACAGAAAAAGUGAAUGCUAAAUUAACUGAUUUCGGAAGUAGUCGAAAUGUAAAUAUGCUUCAAACUAACAUGACAUUUACAAAAGGAAUUGGAACACCAGUAUACAUGGCUCCCGAGAUUUUGAAACAACAGAAGUAUAAAAAAUCUGCUGACGUGUAUUCUUUUGGAAUCACUAUAUUUGAAGUCAUUUCAUGGAAGGAGCCCUAUUUAAAAGAUCAGUUUAAAUAUCCAUGGAAAAUCGCGGAAUUUGUCAUGGGUGGUAAUCGUCUUAAAAAACUUGAGAUGAUGAGCAAUGAACAAUAUGAUAUAAUAUCAGACUGUUGGUCUCCACAAAUGGAAAAAAGAAUUACAAUCAACCAAGCGGUUCAAAGAAUCGAAAAUUUGUUGAAUUGA